AUGGAAAAUUGUAUUGUUUCUUCAUUGAAUAAGCCUAAUAUACCCAAAUGGAAUGGCGUUUUAGAGAGAAGAAACGCGACAUUUUUAGAUAAGACUUUCCUGAAAUUUUGGAAUGGAUUCAAGUCCUUCUUACAUCUCAACCAAGAUUUUAGGGGUCCAGCACAUGUGCUGAAAGAGAGGGCAAAAAAGUUGGAGACUAGGUUAGAGAUGUAUAUGAAGGUUUUUAUUAGCACAAAUACAAUCUCCCUAGAGGAUAAGUAUAUUAAUGAUCAUCAGUCCAAGAAUAAGGGUCAGUCGGCGAAUACUUUUGAAGAGAUUGAGUACAUGAGUAGGAUGCCUUAUGCGUUGGUAAUAGGUAGUCUUGUGUAUGCUAUGCUGUGUAAUAGCCUUGACAUUUGUCAUUCUAUUGGUGUGAGUGAUGAAGACUAUUACAUGUCUAUAUCGGUAUUGUUGUUUACACUUGAUGGUGGGGCCAUUAUUUGGAGAAAUAUCAAGCAAUCAUGCAUUGCUGAUACAACCAUUGAUGCCAAGUAUGUGGUAGCUUAUGAAGUACCAAAUUGGCCAUACGACUUAGAAAAUUCUUUCGGACGUUGGGGUGGUGCCUGUAUCUGCACAUCCCUUUACACUGUAUUGGGAUUACAAUAG